AUGGCUAUCGGUCCGACCAUUGGCACCGGCUUGUUCAUUGGCGCCGGCCAGGCCCUCGCGGUCGGCGGACCUGCCUCGCUGGUCCUGUCGUAUAUAGUCUUAUCCUUUCUGACCAUUGCCAUGACCACGAGCGUGGCCGAAGUAUCCACUCACAUGCCAUCACAACAUGGGACACUCGUCACCAACGGCUACCUGUACAUGUCAAGCAGUCUGGCAUUUGCUUCAGCAUACCUCCGAUGGUACACUCUUGCCUUGUUCGUGCCAUACGAAACCACAUCGGCGAUGGUCAACCUUGGCCUGUGGAAACCGGGUUCCGCGGUCGCAGUCAGAUUGGCUGUCAUCACGAUCAUCGUUGUUGGGUGCAACUUCUUGCCGGAAAGACUCUUCAAAAGCUCCGAGCGAUUGUUCACUGCAAUCAAGAUUGGCACAAUGGCGACCCUCUUCGUCCUCUCCUUAGCUUUGGGUCUUGGAGGUGUGGAUACGCAGCCACCAUGGGGAUUCAAAUACUGGAAACAUCCAGGCGCCAUGAACGAGUAUCUAGCUCGAGGUCUAUGGGGACGAGUCUUGGCUUUCUUCCAAUGCCUACUCGAUGGCUCCAUUGCUUUCACAUUUGCCCCUGAGCUGAUUGUGCACCGAGCUGAAUUGCCAGCGUCACUUGGCGAAACAGCCAUGAUAAGCGCCGGUAUCCCAGGUAUAGUCACAUCCGAUGUUGCUCAAACUGCAUUUCCGUAUAUCCUGAGCUCCUUGGCCAUGGGUGUCAUGGCUCCUUUCAAUGAUACACGUCUGACAAACAACGGAACGGGCUCCGGAUUUUCUCCUUACCUGAUCGGUCUCAAAGAUGCAAACAUUCAAAUUGUACCAAUGAUUGCGACGAUCGCAAUCCUGCUCUCUGCGGUGGCUUCUGGGCGAUCCUUUUUGUAUCUCUCAUCUCGCACACUUUGUGCAAUGUCGGAGCUCGGCCAUGCGCCCUCGGUAUUUUCCAUCCGCAAUCAUUGGAAUGUUCCAUAUUUGGCCGUUGUGGCAUCUGCCUUGUUCUCCUCCCUUGCCUUUGUUUCAGCGAAAGUGUCGAGUACAAUCAUGAAUACCUAUCUCCUUCGUCUCGUCACGAGCGCCAGUUUCAUUUCCUCGCUUGUGUCAUGCAUCAUUUAUCGUCAAUUCGAUCGACGGCUCAUCAUGAACGGAAUUGCCAGGCGGAAUCGUUUCUCUUUGCAGCCGUUUGGCACAUAUUUCGGGAUGGUCAUCAAUACCAUACUGCUGCUGGGCGGCGGGUUGUGGGCAGGACCCAAGGGAAAUCUGAUUGGGUCCCGAGGCGCCAGGCUGAUCAUUUCAUACAUCAAUAUCGGUAUAUUCAUCCUGCUGUUUUUAGUCCAUCGAUUCCAUGACUUUGUGCCCGUUGUCGAAGUUGAAAGACAAGUCGAUAUUGCUGGAAGCAGGCAUGGCGACCACGAAGGACUAAAAGACACUCGGACACAGAAGACAUCCCCGCCUCGGGCGAAACUCGACACAGUCCCAGAGGGUUCCGGGGCAUUGAGUUGCGACUCAGCCAGACCUUGUUCACCGAGCCUUGAGUGUACCUGA